AUGGGCAUGGCUAAGCCUGACGAUGCCCGUAUGGGCAAGAUUCUGGCGUCGUCGGCCACAGGCACAAGCUUUUUAAUUUUGAUUCAGUUAGCAUCCAGGAUCUUUACAUUUACCUCGAACCAAUUGAUUUUACGCACCCUUUCGCCGGUCGUGCUUGGAAUAGCGGCACAGCUGGAGCUCUUCCAGGUUUCAAUCCUGUAUUUCUCGCGGGAAAGUAUUCGGAUGGCUAUCCAAAGGCAACCUAUUCCAUCUUCGCCCGACAACAACAACCCUUCUCUUGAAGCAGAUGUUGUCGCAACGACGGAUCCACACUCUGUGGCAUCUCAAGCAGUGGUGAACGUCUCUUACUUGAGCCUCACUCUUGGUAUUCCUUCCAGUCUUAUGUUCACUAUGCUUUACCAGCGCUUUGUCCCAGAGGAAGCAUCAAAGACCGCCUUCUUCUACCCCAGUGUGAUCCUGAUUGGGGUCGCAUCUCUCAUGGAACUCAGCACUGAGCCCUUCUUCUCGGUAGUACAGCAACAUAUGCUUUACGAGAAACGUGCUGCUGUUGAAAUGCCAGCGGCAUUUCUGAGAAGUGCGGUGACAUCCUCUGCCUUUAUAUAUGCUUCUCAAGUCGACUAUGACCUCGGUGUGCUACCAUUUGCUCUUGGUCACCUCAGUUACUCGCUGGCCCUCAUUUGUGGCUACUCGCUGGCCCUGCUCAGAGGAACCAACACUACCCGGUUCUCUUUCUUAUUGACACGUAUACAAUCCAGGGACCCCUCUAACUACUUUCUGGGACGGUUCUCACGCCAGUUAACGUCACUUGCUGCAAAUGUCUUUUUCCAGUCUCUGGUGAAGCAUUUGCUCACGCAGGGCGACACUAUGAUGCUCGCAGCUCUCUCAGGAUUAGAAGAUCAGGGGAUAUACUCUCUUGCGUCAAACUACGGCGGUCUCAUUGCACGGAUCGUCUUUCAGCCGCUGGAGGAGAGCAGCCGGAACUUAUUCUCGGCCCUACUGAGCCCCAAUGAGGAUGGAAAGCUGAAGAAGAUCCAUGUCCGCACCGCCAGAGAUCACCUCAUUGAGAUCCUACGCGCGUACCAGUUGCUCUCAGUCCUGAUAUUCCCGUUAGGCCCAAUGAUGGUUCCUCACUUGCUGCAUAUCUUGGGAGGGCGUCAAUGGGCGUCCCCCAGAAUCGGAGACCUGCUCUCCGUCUAUUGUUACUAUAUUCCAUUUUUGGCAUUUAAUGGGAUCACCGAAGCGUUCGUGUCAUCUGCAGCAAAUUCGCAACAGAUACGGAAGCAAACGGCGUGGAUGGGUGUGUUUUCCGCCUGCUAUGCCUUAGCGGCCUAUAUGUUCCUAGAAGUAGGGAACCUGGGUGCGUAUGGAUUGGUCCUGGCCAACAUUGUGAACAUGGUAGUUCGAACCUUUUGGAGUUACAGUUUUAUCAAAUCGUACCUCCAUCGAAAUGGAUGUAGCCUGUACACAAGUGAAGUGGCUGUUCGACCUGCUAGCUUCAUUCUAUGUGCUCUGGCAAGUUUGUGCUUGAGCCGCGGAUUUGGCCUGAAAUUGGGACUUGUCAAAGCAUGCGCCUUAAGUGGCAGCUAUGCUCUCCUAAUGUGA